AUGUCGCCGAUAAAGGAAAAGCGAUCCGCCUCAGCUAGUCCUCUGAGACUGACGAUGCCCUUCAUAACCCCUGGCCAGCUCGCCUUCUCCGCUAUGCAAUUUUUACCCGUGCCUCUGCUGGUCCUAAACAACCUGAAGACCGUCGUCCUAGCAAACGAAGCUAUGGGAAAGAUGUUAGGCAUGGUGGGCGACUCGCCUCCGCCGAUGGACGACCCGGCCGUAAUUUCCGAGUCCCUCCGCGGACAGACCCUCUCGCAGAUCGGAAUCGAUAUGGUCCAGGAUGGUAGACCGGUUUGGGUUUCGUGGGAGUAUUUCUUGGAUGAAUUAGUACUCGAGAUGGGCGCGAGGCAGGCAACAGGAGGCCCGGCAUCGCGUACUAAUCAUGCCAAUGGAGAGGCCGCGGGUACGGUAGACGGUGCGAGGGUAGAGUCAUCCGGUGGCAUUCCGGGCAAGCCGGCAACAGAUUCUGUUGUUGAUGUUGUGGUGCUCCCCAAGAAUUUAAACAUAUCUGAAAUGUCAAAAUCGAAGCGGGCUGAGCUUCAGACAUACGCCAAGAUGAUAAUUACGAUAUGGGAGAUUGAGAACCACCAGACCUACUAUACUCUGACCUUCACCAAUACUGGCUCGGGACCCUCGUCCAUCCCGAGUAGACGAGUUCGUGUCGCCCGACAUUCUACACUCGAGGCCGCGGAGCGUAAAUCCAUCCUAAAUUCUAACCCCCCUUCUCUCGGCUCCGGUCACUCUUCUAGCUCUCCUUCAUUCACCAAUAGUCCUAGCUCAGUCUCGGUCUCGGCAAGCCUGUUUCCACCCAUGGGGCCCCCAUCCCGCCUGCCUCCGUCAAGCACUCCGUCGUUUCUCCAGAAGAUGACUGUUAUUAAGGAUGCGCUUCUCGAUAAGACCGAAACACCGAUACUUGCUAUGUGGGUGGAUGGUAGUGCCCCAGUCAUGAAUAGAGCAGCCCGAGAACUCUUCGUGACCACCACCGGAGAAGAGUGUAACGAUGGAUACGAUCUGCUGUCUCGGUGGGAGGUUUGGGACGGAGACUUUACAAGAAAGUAUGCCCCGUCCGAGUUUCCAAUUGCAGUACUUUUACGAGAUCGAAAACCAUUUUCUGCGUGGAGAAUCGGCAUGCACGACAGGACGAAAGAAACUAAAAUUAUAUAUGAUGUGCUGGGCGAACUGAUUACUAGCGACGAGACUGGAGAAGUUAUUGCUGGUAUUAUAACUUGCCGAGACGUAACUCAUCUAGCCCAGGAGAUCACGGAUAUAAAGGUCGCGGACGAGGAAAGGUUCAAACUAAUAUGCGACACCAUGCCUCAGAUGGUCUGGACAGCUACAUCUAAUGGAGUACAUGAUUUCUUCAACAGCCGCUGGUACGAUUAUACGGGUCUGUCGGUUGAAGACUCUAUAGGUCGCGGCUGGAAGAAUCCGUUCCACCCCGACGAUCUGCCUACCACAUGGAAACGAUGGGAGCGUAGCCUAGUUACGGGGGAAGCUUAUGAUACCGAAUACCGAUGCCGUAGCAAGGAUGGUGAGUGGAGGUGGAUGCUAGGACGUGCGUUACCGCUGAGAAAUAAGCGCACAGGUCAGAUCGAAAGAUGGUUUGGAACUUGUACUGACGUUCACGAGGCCCUUGAAGCGAAGAUGGCCGCGAAGCAAACUAGAGCGCAGCUUCUUAGCGUUCUUACGCAUGCGCAGACAACGAUCUUCUCUGUAGAUCUCAACCUCAAGUUGACAAUGUUAGAAGGCGCGGUGUCUUGGAUCUCUGGAAAGGACGAUACGGCAAACAAUGAUGCUGACCAGCUUGAUCCGCCGACAUAUGUUGGAAAAAAUAUCGAAGAGGUGUUUAUUAACCUAAACCCGCGCCUACUUCCGAGCGAGUUUUCUGCAUUUCUCGAACCCGUAAGACGUAUAUUGUCCGGUGAGCUGACAACAGAGACCGUACACGAACACAAGCUAGAUGAUCGGUUUUACCGCACUAGGUUUCUGCCUCGCGUCGAGAGAACUUCGCAGGAUGGUCGGAUUAGCAAAACAGAUAUUAAGGGCGCUAUUGGCGUCAUUAUGGACGUUACCGAACUAAAAAAGCGAGAGCAAGAUCUCGAAGAGCAGGUCAAAGAGAAGAGACAACUCAAAGCCAACGAAGCAGCAGCCAAAGAAGCAAGCCGUCUAAAGAGCCAAUUCUUAGCAAAUAUGUCUCACGAGAUUCGAACACCGAUUACCGGCGUGAUAGGGAUGGCCGAGCUUCUUCUAGACUCACCUCUGAACGAAGAACAGCGGGAAUACGCAGAGAACCUAAGCCGAUCCGCGAAUGCCUUAUUAACCGUCAUCAACGAUAUUUUAGAUUUCUCCAAAGUCGAGUCUGGCCGCCUUGACAUCGAAGAAGUCCAGUUCUCCCUCUCCGUGAUAGUGCAAGACGUCUCCAAGAUGCUGAGUUUCGCAGCCGGGAGGAAGAAUCUGGAUUUUCGCUCUGAUAUAUCAAGCGAUAUCGAGAACGACCUCGUUGUUCUUGGUGAUCCAGGCCGCGUCCGGCAGAUCAUUACGAAUCUACUUACUAACAGCAUCAAGUUCACCAACGGUGGUUACGUUAAAUUCUCAGUAUGGAAAGAAAAAGAAACAAACGACACAAUUGAGAUAAAAUUCGUUAUUGAGGACACUGGUAUCGGAAUCGAAGAAGAUGUCCUGAAACGUCUAUUCCAGCCAUUUAGCCAAGGAGACCCCUCUACGGCUAGGAAAUUUGGAGGGACAGGGUUGGGAUUGACGAUCUCGAAGAAUCUGGUCGAUCUAAUGCGUGGAAGGAUCACGCUAGAAUCUACGAUCGGCAAUGGCACCACCGCGACAUUCUGGAUACCAUUUAACAAACCGCAGACUCCGCAGAGGGAUGCGCUUGUCGAUAUUGGUUGCCUACCCGAGCGACUACAGUCUGAGAUGAGCGUUUCGUGUAAUAGUUCGGAACAUGAGCAUUUCUUAGGAACGACGCCGGCAGACCUAUUGCAGGGCACGCUAGAUAAGCCCAGACGGCAUCGAAAGAGACCUGGUAAUUUGAUGGCGCCGUUCGCUUUCGAAAGCGACGACCUCCCCAGAUCCGAACGUGCCAAGGUGCAAAUCCUUGUUGUCGAGGACAACGCGGUCAACCAACAGAUCGCAACCAAGACUAUCAAGAAGCUUGGCUUCAACGUUUGUGCGGCCUGGAAUGGCAAGGAGGCGCUUGAUCAUCUCGAGGCGUGCAGGGAGGGAAGGUUCGCUAAGCCAGAUAUCAUUCUAAUGGACGUACAGAUGCCCGUGAUCGACGGGUAUAAGUGUACGCACAUACUGCGGCACCACGCACCAUACAAGAGCUACACUAAUGAUGUGCCCAUUGUGGCCAUGACUGCCUCGGCGAUACAAGGAGACAGAGAAAAGUGCACGAAAGCCGGUAUGGAUGACUACCUGUCUAAGCCCGUGAAGAGCAAUAUACUUGAAAGGAUGCUGGUGAGGUGGAGUAAAUCCCGCCGCAAGGUAGAGUCGAUGUCAUCUUCCUCAGCUGACCUGUCUACUUCGGACUGUUCGGACUCUGCGGGCGGAUGUAUCAGCGCCGACAUACCUACACCAGCCACGUAUGGCUUCUCCAGUCAGAAUCCCAAAACGCCGGAGGAGCAUCCAGAGCAUGGCGAUCUAGAUGGCGCCGAGGAAGACGACCGCACAAAUCUACUAACACCGAGACCGAUCAACGCGCGGACGGGCUCGCACGAGACAAAUACGUUCCCCUUUGGGAUCUCUAAGCCAUCUAGGCAACUUAACAGUGACGAGUUGGCUAUGCAGCUGCGAGAUGAUAAGCUCAUCGAUGCCGCAGAUGAUAGCAACGGCAAGAACACGGCAGGACAGCCGCCCAUAUCCCACUCAUUCCCCGAGGGCGACUCAUUGACGGAAGAGAACGUACAGAAACUUGAGAAGGUGGGCGCGAGAAGCUCACCCGUCAGGGAAAUAUACGAUUUUGAAGAGACACCGACGUGA